AUGGAAGCCUACUCGGCCUUUUCAACGCUUCCGAAGACGAUUCAACCAAAUCCGCCUGUGUCCUUCGAAGAGGCCUUGAGAUAUUCCACAAGCCCAUUCGUCACCAAUCUCAAUAUUCUCACCGUCAUGUUUGCCGGCUCCCCAGCAUCGUACGUGGAUCAUUUUUAG